GAUAACCUGCAGGUUUCACGCGGAGUGCUGUCGUCUGUUUACCAGUUUAAAACUAUAAAACUUUAAAUAGAUGUCGACGACGAUAGCGAAAACUGAAUCCUGUUAUUAGUAAGCAGCGUUGCAGUAGUAUCUACUAACAAGGAUGAAGGAUAAGAUGGCGAUUCCUCUGUUCGUCCUGUUGGCAUUGUGUGUGGACGUGUGUGCCGUGUUGUCCAUUGGUGCCAUCCAGCUGUCUCCGUCCUUCAUCAAUAACUCCUUCAUCCUGCUAUGGUUGGGUGGAUUGAUCCGAACAUGUCUUCUGCUCUUCAUCUCCUUCUCAUACUCUGGCAGUCCGGUGUGGAUGAGAGGAUUGGAGGGUGUUCAAACGGCUGUAAUCCACGGUCUUCUCUAUCCAGUCUAUAUCUCUGUUCUCUGGGCAUGGGGCAGGUCUACUGUGGAGCUGGUGUGGGGUUGGCACUCUUGGCAAGGCCUUGUGCAGGGCUAUUUUGUGUUGGGUUUGUCUCUCCUAAUCUGGAAACGCCAUGUACCCACUAUCCUCCCGACUGCAAAAAAAGAGAAAACAGAAAAGAAGGGCAAGGCUUCUCUGCAAAGGCUGCUGGGAUACAUGAAGCCUUUCAGUGGACGCUUUGCAGCCGUCUUCUUCUUUGUGGUCAUUUCUUCACUAGGUGAAAUGGCGAUUCCUCAUUACACUGGUAAAAUGACUGACUGGAUCAUGAAUGAAGAAGAACCUGAGGCCUUUAACCACGCUAUCACUGUCAUGACCCUGAUGACCAUUAUGAGCGCUGUGUGUGAGUUUGUGUGUGACCUCAUCUACAACAUCACCAUGAGCCGAAUACACACGUCCAUCCAAGGACUCGUCUUCCAGGCUGUACUGAAACAGGAUAUUGCUUUCUUCGAUAAAGCUACCACAGGGGACAUCGUGUCUCGCAUCACAACCGACACAAACACCAUGAGUGAGUCUCUGAGUGAGAAGCUGAGUCUGCUGAUGUGGUACUUCAUGCGGGUCAUUUUCCUCUUCGGCUCCAUGUUAAUGCUCUCCACCAGACUUUGCUGCUUCACUCUGCUUGGCCUCCCCGUCAUCUGGAUCAUCCCGGAGAUUUUUGGACGGUUUUACCAGAAACUUUCGGUACAAGUGCAAGACUCUUUGGCCAAGGCUAAUGAAGUUGCUACAGAAACCUUUUCUUCCAUGAAGACAGUGAGGAGCUUUGCUAAUGAGGACGGAGAAACUGAGAGAUACAGAAAGUGCUUAGAGGACACGUUUGCACUGAACAAAGUGGAAGCAGCUGCUUAUGCUGUAUCAACUUGGACCAAUAGUAUGUCCAGUCUGGCUUUGAAGGUCAGUAUUUUAUACUACGGAGGACGGCUUGUGACAGGAAGUGAUGUCAGCAGUGGUGAUCUGGUGUCCUUUGUCCUCUACGAGCUUCAGUUCACAUCGGCUGUGGAGGUUCUGAUGUCUUACUGGCCACAUGUAAAGAAAGCGGUCGGAGCUUCAGAAAAGAUCUUUGAGUACGUGGACAGAAAGCCUGAUGUUCCUCCAGAUGGAUCACUCGCUCCGAAGACUCUGAAAGGACACGUGCAGUUCAGAAAUAUCACAUUUGCUUAUCCAAAGCGUCCAGACACAAAUGUGCUGAAGAGCGUUUCUCUUGAGCUGAAAGCGGGCCAGAUCACAGCACUCGUGGGUCCAUCGGGUUCAGGAAAAACCACAGUUGUGAGUUUGCUGGAGAGAUUUUACCAGCCUCAAAGCGGGGAGAUUUUAUUGGACCACAAGCCACUGCUGAGCUAUAAGGACCAAUAUCUGCAUGAGAAGAUUAGUGUGGUUUCACAGGAGCCGGUUCUGUUUGCUCGCUCAGUGCGUGAAAACAUCAAGUACGGCAAAGAAAAUGCCACAGAUAAAGAAAUAUAUGCUGCAGCCAGGCUGGCCAAUGCAGAUGACUUCAUUUCCAGUUUACCGAAAGGAUACGAUACUGAUGCUGGAGAGAAGGGUGGUCAGGUGUCUGGAGGUCAAAAACAGCGAAUCGCUAUCGCCAGAGCCCUAAUCCAGAAACCGCAGAUUCUGGUGCUCGAUGAUGCCACCAGUUCACUGGAUACUGAGAGCGAACACCGGGUGUACAGCGCUCUGAGGAAGGAGCUGCAGAGCUGCACGGUUCUGCUUAUCUCUCACAGGCUGAGCGGAGUGGAGAACGCAGAUCACAUUCUCUUCCUCCGAGAAGGAGAGCUGGUGGAGGAGGGAAACCAUCAGCAGCUGCUGGACAAACAGGGAUUAUAUGCUGAGUUCGUCAAACAGCAGAAUACAGCCAUCCAUCGCAAUGCAGACGACUGUACAAACGGCAACCAGUGAUGAAAAUCUCCAUUCAGUCUCUGCUGUCCUCAAGUCAGACCACACUGUUUAUUCAUCAUUAGUAUGUACAGUUAAAGUCAGAAUUAUUAGUCCCUGUAUAUUUAUUUUCCCAAUUUCUGUUUAAAAGAAAGAAGAUUUUUUCAAUACAUUUCUAAACAUAACAGUUUGUUCUGUAGACAAUCGAAAACAAAUGUUGCUUAAGGGGGCUAUUAAUUUUGACCUUAAAUGAUUUAAAAAACAUUAAAAACUGCUUUUAUUUUAGCCGAAAUAAAAUAAAUAAGACUUUCUCCAGAAGAAAAAAUAUUAUAGGAAAUACUGUGAAAAUUUCAUUGCUCUGUUAGACAUCAUUUGGGAAAUAUUUAAAAAAAGAAGCUAAAUUCACAGGAGGGCUAAUAAUUCUGACUUCAUCUGUAUUUCUGCUGUCCAUUUUUACACUAGUAUUUUUAAAUUAGGUGUACAUAUCAGUAAAACAAUCUCUAAAAUACAACUGCAUUUGCCCUCCUGUGAAAAUUUUAGUUUACAUUUAGUUUAAGUGCUGUUUAACACUGAAGAUUUUAAACAUAAGGGGCUCUAUUUUAACGAUCUAGGCCGUGUCCCAAUGCACUUUUGCUAUUUUAAGGACAGAAAAAUAUACUCUGCGCCGCAGUGCAUGGUCUAACAGGGCUGUGUUUAUUCUCUUAAUGAGUUCUGGGUGUGUUUUGAGAAAAAAACUAUCUUUAGUCAGUGGCGCAUUUGCUAUUUACAUGGCGGACUAUGUAAGUGCAAAAACUGAACGUUUCACUAGCAAGAAAACAGUUAAACAGACCAUCUGCAGUGCGAGAAUAAAAAACGAGCCUCCUCCAUUCGGCCUCUUUACUUUCUUUUUUUCUUUCUCUCUUUCAUGGAUAAGGAAACGUUUUGGACGCACGCCACUGAAGACAUCCAUUAUCCUACAUAUUUAAUUUAGUUUGUUAAGCGCAAGGAUUAGUUUCAAAACUAUUUCUAAAUUCAGUUCUAGUUCCCAGCAAAUGAAUAAAUGAGCAAUAUUAAUGAAGUGUGGUCAAAACACUGAGUUAUAUCCUAAUACACAUGCUAUGCCCCAUACGUCUCCAAAACCUGACAGGUGGACACAUCUAAGCUUGUUUUUAAUAAAACAAAUAUAAAUAUGAAUAUACUAAAGAAUACUAAUACUGAUAAUAACACACAAAAGCAAGCUGUCGUGAAUAAACUGAAAAAAGCCCCCCGAGAUGAAGAAGGCAUGGAGACAGUGUUUUUUAUAUUUAUGUGGAAAAUAAUAUAUUUUGUAAUAUUUUAAUCCUUUAAAUCUUUUUCAUUUGUAAAGACAUUUGCAUAUUGCUGUACAUCCUGUGUGUAUUAAAGGGGUCACACACCAGAAGUGCCGCUCGGUGACGCACAGCCUAGCGCCACGCAGUGACAUGCAUUUCAGAAUUCUAAACAUAGAUUUCUCAACUGUCAUGUGCGCGCCGUGUCGUGUGCAUCUGGUGUGUGAUGCCCUUUAGGCAAUGUGUAAGUGAGGCGCACAACUAACGCGCUCUGCGCUGGACUUCAGACCUGCUUUCAGUUGGUCAAUUGCGCAGUCUAUUUCAGUUCCUCAAAAUAGCAACGCGCGAACAAUGUGCCUUAACACACCUCUAUUUUAGACCGAAACACCUAUCAGUCCACAAAGUGGCGCAAAUGGAUUUACUAUUUAAACAACGUGGCGGAAGAUGGGAAAAUUAGGGUUGCGUUGGUCUGAAAAUAGCAACACAUCGGGGAAAACACGUCUUGCGGCGGGUGUAUGAUAGGACCCAACGACUCAUUUCUAAUAACUCCUUUCAUUUCUCUUUGCCAUAAUGACAGUACAUCAUAUUUUGCUAGAUAUUUUUCAAGAUACUAGUAUUCAGCUUAAAGUGACAUUUAAAGGCUUAAUUAGGUUAAUUAGGCAGGUUAGAGUAAUUAGGCAAGUCAUUGUAUAAAAGUGGUUUGUUCUGUAGACAAUUGAAUACAACAUAUUGCUUAAAGGGGCUAAUAAUAUUGACCUUAAAAUGUUUUUUUUUUAUUAAAAACUGCGUUUGGCAGAGCAGUGGGUAUCGUUCUCGCCUCACAGCAAGAAGGUCGCUGGUUCGAGCCUCGGCUGGGUCAGUUGGCGUUUCUGUGUAGAGUUUGCAUGUUCUCCCUGCUCCGGUUUCUCCCACAGUCCAAAGACAUGCGGUACAGGUGAAUUGGGUAGGCUAAAUUGUCCGUAGUGUAUGUGUGUGAAUGAGUGUGUGUGGAUGUUUCCCAGAGAUGGGUUGCAGCUGGAAGAGCAUCCGAUGCGUAAAACAUCUGCUGGAUAAGUUGGCGGGUCAUUCCGCUGUGGUGACCCCAGAUUAAUAAAGUGACUAAGCCAAAAAAGAAAAUGAAUGAAUGAAAAACUGCUUUUAUUCUAGCCGAAAUAAAACAAAUAAGACUUUCUCCAGAAGAAAAAAUAUUAUCAGACAUACUGUGAAAAUUUCCUUGCUCUGUUAAACCUCAUUUGGGAAAUAUUUAAAAAAAGAAACAAAAUUCACAGGAGGGCUAAUAAUUCUGACUUCAUCUGUAUUUCUGCUGUCCAUUUUUACACUAGUAUUUUUAAAUUAGGUGUACAUAUCAGUAAAACAAUCUCACUAAAAUACAACUGCAUUUGCCCUCCUGUGAAAAUUUAACAGCUGAAAUUGAAGCUGUUUAACACAGAAGAUUUUGAACAUAAUAACUCAUUUCUAAUAACUGAUUUCUUUUAUCUUUGCCAUGAUGACAGUAAAUUAUAUUUGACUAGAUAUUUUUCAAGAUACUAGUAUUCAGCUUAAAAUAACAUUUAAAGGCUUAACUAGGUUAAAGAUACAUUAAUUAUGCAAGCCACUGAACAAUAGUGGUUUGUUCUAUAGAUUUCGGAAAAGCAAAAUCUUAGAGGCUAAUAAUAAUAAACUUAAGUGCUAAUUAUUUUGUCUGUAUAUCUAUUUUUUUCUGUACUUCCAACCUUAAAAAUUAGUUUAUUAAAAAUGUUGCAUUUGCAUAUAUUUUUUAUAAAUAUGUUUGUAAAAACAUGACUUCACUGUAUAUAAAAAUGUUUCAAAGUAAUUAUUGUUCCCUAUUCAUAUUAAAGUGCACUAUUUGAGUGUAGAACCCACUUUUAGUGACGUCUGAAAACAAAAUGGACGUUAUGAAGUGUACUCAAUCAAGCCCACAAUGCACAGAAAUAUUGAGUCUAUUGGAUCAAAAUCCUGCCAAAUGUAUCGCGAUCGCAGAUCGAAAUUAAUUCGGGGCCGGGUCACGGGGACAGCAGUCUCAGAAGAGAACCUCAGACUUCCCUCUCCCCAGACACUUCCUCCUGCUCUUCCAGGGGGAUCCCGAGGCGUUCCCAGGCCAGCCAAGGGACAUAGUCCCUCCAGCAUGUCCUGGGUCAUCUCCGAGGCCUCCUUCCGGUCUGACAUGCAUGGAACACCUCCCUAUGUAGGCGUCCAGGAGGCAUCCGAAACAGAUGCCCGAGCCACCUCAGCUGACUUCUCUCAAUGUGGAGGAGCAGCAGCUCUACUUUGACCUCCUCCCUGUUGUCAGAACUCCUCACCCUAUCUAUAAGGGCGCGCCCAGCCACCCUGCAAAGCAAACUUAUUUCGACCACUUGUAUCAGAGAUCUUCUUCUUUCGGUCAUGACCCAAAGCUCAUGACCAUAGGUGAGAGUAGAACCAGAGAUCGACUGGUAAAUUGAGAGCUUUGCCUUUCGGCUCAGCUUCUUCUUUACCACAACAGACCAGAACAUCGACCACAUUACUGCUGCUGUAGCUGCACCGAUCUACCAGUCAAUCUCACAUUCCAUCCUUUCCUCAAUCGUGAACGAAACCUCAAGAUACUUAAACUCCUUUGAGCUGGAGCCAAAAGCCAGGGAUCGAAAAAUAAUAAGCGUAAAUCAAAAAAAUUGACAUUGCAUGUAAAAUUAUAACUUGCAAAGGCAAAAACUAAAUGCAGAAUAAGACACAACAAGAUCACCUAGCAAAAGAUAAUGAGCGUCAAUCAGAAAUCUGGUGUGAUUAUGAGUCAGCAAGGGACAGGUUUGGUGGUAUGGGUAGGUUUAGGAGUUAAGGUGUAAGGGAUAACACUUUAUAAUUAACAGUGUAAUUAAAGAUGUAAUUACAGAAAUUAAUUACAUGCUGGCAAUUAGUCAAUUUAGGUUUGUGCAGUGUAUUUCUAAAAGUGUUUUCAUUGUGAUUCAUGCUCAUUUUUCAAUACGUAACCUCAUUGUUUCGCAUUGUGUGUUUAAUUUUCAAUUGUUCUCGUUACAAUUGUAUACGCGAUGUAAAUUUUUUGAUUUACUUUUAUUAUUUUCCGAUUCGUGACUGCGAUAAAUUUGUCGGGAAAUUGAUCCCAUAUACAGCCCGUGUUCACUCACAACUACAAAACCCCCAUAAUGCACUGUAACAGUUUGCGUGCCAAAUGAAUUUCCAUGUCUGACCACAAGAUGGCGUCUAACGCGCAAUCGUCAGUGAAUAGAUUCAAAAUAUUAUUUAAUUAAAGUAACUUUUGUAUUUAUGACAGAAAUCGAAAGUCUUUAUUUAAUUACUAAGAGACCGUUUGAUAAGUAUUGAAUAACUAACAGGGCUUGAACAGGAAGUCAAAAUCAAAUCCGUCUCAGGGAUGUGCUUCAAUUUAUCCAUAUACAAGUAAUCCUUUGUGCUUUACUAUAAUUCAUCAUGAAAACAAUUUUAUGCUUCAACCAACCCAGGCUCAUUCUGAUUAUUUACCACUAUAUAAAUUUCUCGACAGCGCGAAAUAUGUCCCAGGAGAUACGUUUUUUUGCAGUUUUUGUUUUCGCGAAUCCACCAGAGACAGCUGUGUAUGCUUUUUCAGAUCUCAAAUUCCUCUCGCGAGUGCCAUUCGCGCCUGCUGUUCUCUUGUAAAUCCACCAGAUGGUGUUGUCGACUGACUGACUUUCUGACUGACCCACCCGACCGAUACCCUCCCCCUUACCUAAACCCAACCAAUAGUAUUUUGAAAAGCAGCGAUUGACCCGCCCACCCCCUCUCCUAAACCCAACCUCAGUAUUUUAAAAGCAAUCCAGAAAAAGAAAAACCCGCUGAUUUUUACCAUGCUUUCAUAUUUUACCACAUUUCUCACCCUGUUAUUUACUCGUGUAUUUUAUUUUUUAGCUUUUGUUUUGGUCUUACCUGCUUUUGUUCUUCACCAGACUCGCACCUCGUUGUCGCUCUGCAUGUCAAGUCCGCCGACGUACAUGUCGAGGUACCUGACAAACUACCCGUCCAUACAGAGGUAAGCGGUCAGCUGGUAGCGUGAAAAGGAGCGGCGUCAUACCGCCUCGUAUCAUUCAUUUUAAAGAUGAAAUUCAGCCAUACGUAUCUCUGGCUACAUACUUUGUGGUUUCCAGAAAUGUUAUAUAGGGCUACGUUUUCAGAAUGAGCCUAUGUUAGCUUCAACACAGGCUCAUUGUGGAUACACACCUCUGUCUACAUUCCUGCAUUUCACCUUUAAAUGAACACUAGGGGGUGGUAUGACACAGCUGACAGCUUCUGUUCCUAUUCGCGCUAUCGCUGACUACUUACCACUUACCUCCGUGUGGACGGCUUUUCCAGUGUUACCAGUUUGCCUAGUAGCUCGCCGUGUAAGCCAAUGGACUUUGGGACACGGAGUGAAGUUGACCGCGACGACAGGGUUGAAGUCCAGCGGAGAACAGUUCCAGAAACUAGGUAAAACAAAAGCAAAGAUAUUAAAUUAAAUAAAAAAAAAACAUCUGGCUGAAAACAGGGUGAAAUCACGUGGCUGCGACGGUUUUUCUUUUUUUAAAUUGCUUUUGAAAACACUAUCGGUUGCAUUUAGGAAAGCGGGUGGGUGGGUCAGUCGGUCAGUCAGUCAGUCGACAGCAAGCUGGCCUGGCCGUCUGAAGGGUAUAUUGCGCCCUCUGGUGGAUUUAAUGUAUUUGCAAUGUAUUUUUAAAUGCGCUUUCGUUUUUGAUUCACGCUCAUUUUUCGAUACAUAACCUCGUUGUUUCGUAUUGUGCAUUUAAUUUUCGAUUUUGCACGUUAUAAUUUUUAGGCUCUGUCAAAUUUUUUAUUUACUCCUGUUAUUUUUCGAUUCGUGACCACGAUACAUUUAGUUCACAGCUAGAAAAUCCUCAUAAUGCACUGUAACACUUUGCAUGCCAAAUGAAUCUCCGCGUCUGACCACAAGAUGGUGUCUAAUGCUCAAUCGUCUGUGAAUAGAUUCAAAAUACUACAAAUACUUACCUCCGUAUGUACAGCUUUUCCGGUGUUAGCAGUUUGCCCAGUAACUCGCCGUGUAAGCCAAUAGACUUUGGAUGCGGAGUGGAGUUGACUGUGAGGACGGGGUUUGAGUCCAGCGAAGAACAGUUCCAGAAACCAGGUAAAACACAAGCAAAAAUCACGCGACCGUGACUGCUUUUAUUUCUAGAUUGCUUUUGAAAACACUAUCGGUUGGGUUUAGGGAAGGAGUAGGUGGGUCAUUCGGUCAGUCAGUCAGUCGAUAGCAAGCUAGCCUGGUCGGCGGAAGUGUAUAUUGCACCCACUGGUGGAUUUAUGCGAGAAGAGGACGGGCAAGAGAAAUCUGAGAUCAUAAAAAGCAUACACAGCGCCCUCUGGUGGAAAGUGCGAGCAGAUGUACCUCCGGUUAUGUAUUUCGCUGUCCCCAGAAAUGUAGACCUGAGUACGUAUCUGUAAUGAGCCUGGGUUGUUAUGUCUGGUCCCACUUUAUAUUAAGUGCCCUUAACUACUAUGUACUUGAAUCAAAAAAUAAAUACAAUGUACUUACUGCGUUCAUAAUCUACUGCAGAACACUUGUGGUGCGAUUAUGGGUUAGUUAGGUGGUUGGUUAGUGCUAUGGGUGGGUUUAAGAAUGGUCAACGGUGUAAUUAAAGAUGUAUUUACAGAAAUAUUUUACAGAUGUGAUUACUUGAUUGUAUUUAAUCAGUCAUAGGUAUAAUGUAAAAACACAGUAUUUACACAGUACAAAUUCAGCGUAAAUUAAGGUCACUUAACAUAAAGUUGGACGUUCCUCCAGAUUAUUUUCUCAUUGUAUUCCCUACAGUACAGUAAUAUUUAACAUAUGUCUGUAAUAAUGAUUUGGGAAACUUGUUUUGAGCUUUUGGAGGUUAUUUAUGGUCUGCUUAGCGUAAUGUGUUCACUGAAAUAAGUUUGCCUUAAAUAUUGCAUGAGGAGAAUAAUGUCAUUUCAUUGUACACACUUUAAAAUAAAAUGCUUCUCUGAUUAUUUACAGUUUAAUGGAAGUUACUGUGAUACGAGACAGGAAAAAUGUAGACAGCAUGCAAGAGGAUGCAUUAGAAAUGUUUUAUAUGCCCACUUAAUCACAUGUAAAGCUUUACCCAACAAGGUGUUUAAUUAGUAUGUACUUUCCCAUGGUUAUGGAAUUUUUGUUUUGCUCUUAGU